CUUUUGCAGAUUCUCAAGGAUUCUUCUAUGUUUUAAGUCUUCUCUCUUUUCCAGAUUCUUCAUUUUGUGCUCAAAUUUCUCACCAAAUCUGGUUCUUUGAUUCCUCCACUAUACUAUAUUCGUUAUUUCCUCUCUUUUUAUUCCUAUUUAUCAUUAGAUUCAUAUAAAAGAACUUCAGUAUUUCAUUCAACCCGCAUAUCAAAGGAGACUGACUAAUAGCCAUUAAAAGAUGGAGACUCUGCAUCCACUACUCUCUCACGUGCCCACUUCUGACCACCGGUUCGUUGUUCAAGAGAUGAUGUGCUUGCAAACAUCGACCUGGACUAAAGAAGAGAACAAGAAGUUCGAGCGAGCCCUAGCUAUAUACGCUGAUGACACGCCAGACCGCUGGUUCAAAGUUGCUGCUAUGAUCCCUGGAAAAACCAUCUCAGAUGUCAUGACGCAGUACUCUAAGCUCGAAGAAGACCUCUUCGAUAUCGAAGCAGGGCUUGUCCCUAUCCCUGGUUACCCUUCAGCUGGAUUCGAUCAGCUCGUUAGUCCCUAUGACCAUGAUCUGUAUCGUAAACGUCCUAAUGGAGGAGCCAGAGGAUUUGAUCAAGAUCGAAGGAAAGGAGUUCCAUGGACGGAGGAAGAACACAGACGAUUCUUGUUAGGCCUUCUCAAGUAUGGAAAAGGAGACUGGAGAAACAUAUCAAGGAACUUUGUCGGAUCGAAAACACCAACUCAGGUUGCAAGCCAUGCUCAAAAAUACUAUCAGAGACAGCUCUCUGGUGCUAAAGACAAACGCCGGCCUAGCAUUCACGACAUCACCACCGUCAAUCUUCUCAACACCAAUAUCACCCGUCCAUCUUCUGAUCAUGACCGCUUCCUCCAACAACCAGAUGAAUCAAAACUAGGGUUCACCGACAAGGGUAAUGCAGAGGAGGGAGUGAUGUUUCUUGGUCAGAAUCUUUCCUCUGUCUUGUCUCCAUACGAACCUGCGUUUAAGUUCACCGGAACAAAUGUUUAUGGCGGUGGAGCUUACGGUCUCGCCAGAUCCUGAAAUUUAGCAGUUAUAAAGAAGCGAGAGAAGGUUGGAUUAUGAAAUUGUAAUUGUUGCAUCUAGUUAAACGAAAAUCUCAACAGUUAUGUUUUAUGGUUGAACUUAAAACGCUUAUGUUACAUGAUUAGAUGAAUGUGACUAUGUGGAUAUGCAUGUUUGUGUUUAUCGAAUAAACAUAGAUUAGCUAUAUAUAUUGUCCAUGUCUUUUUUCCAAAAGGAUAACUAAUGGUGAAAAGGACUAAUUGGUGUGUUUA